GGAGUAAAAAAAAAAGAGGAGUGCUUCUUUUUUAAGGGCGUGUUCCUCAUUAUGGUUUAAAAGUGCUGCGAGAAGCUUCAUAAUUUGGUGCCUUAUGUUGAGAGCAGCGAGGAGCUGAGGGUCAAAGCAGGGUUACUGGGAGCGCAUUUUCCAGGUGUGUUGAGAUGCAGCGCGGCAGCAGCAGCUUGACUCAGCAGCUGGGAGAAAGAUGGCUGACCUUGUUGAGACGCCUUCAAGAUGAUCCCAAGCUAGCACAAGUGAUGAAUACAAGGGUUGGGCAGUAUCUCCGCAGCCGACCUUUCUUGGCUCUCGCCCUGCUGCUGUUCAGCGCCAUGGCUGCUCUGCCCCUUGGGCUCUUCUUUUUGUUUGCCCUCAUCACUAUAGUUAUGUCAGUUGUGGGAUUUGUUUUCUUUGAGGCGUUCCUUCUGUUUGUUGGAGGAAUGACUUUGCUGUCUGUGCUCUCCGGCAUCGCCCUCUUCUCUCUGCUGGUCUCAGUCAUCGUUACCGGUGUGUUUGUCACCAUUCCCAGUCUGCUGAAGCGUUAUUACCCUCAUGUGACAAAGAGGAAGGAGAGUGAGGAAGAAUCUCCAGAACUGAACCAAAAGUAGUAAAAUGUCCCUAACGACCUCUCUAAUUGGAGUUUUGAGUCCGCUCUACUGGAGAUGGUCCGGAUCUGAGGUGCUAAGCACAAAAACUCUGCCAAGGACACUUCUUUCUGAACACAAAGUGUCCUUGCUGUUUUAAUGAGAGGAGUGUGAAGUUUUUAUCUGUUUACAGUGCAAUAUGUGUGAAUUGUUUAUACUCCUCACUCCUCCAACUUUGGGCUUACCGAAUGUUUUCAGUCAAAUGUUCAUCAUGUUACCGGAUCAAGAUCCAGCUACAGCAACACAUAUUCUGCAAAUCUGUUUUCUGUCCAUUUAGCUACAACAUGUAUUUACAUGUGUAAUAUUUAUAUAGUUUGUUAAAUAGUUACAUAAAAUUACAGAAUCACCAGUCCUCUUCUCUACUUGUAUUUUUGUCUCUUAUUUUAAGGCUACAAAGCUGUGUUUAAAGGUAGUUUUAAUCAUUUCUAGAAGACUACUUUUUCUUCUCUAUACAAGUGAUCCUAGGGGCAAAAAUACUAGAACUUAGAGAGAUGAGCCUAUAUUGUAAUUAGUCAGAGCAAUGAACUUUCAGUCGUCCUCGAGUGAGCUGAUAAUUGAUGUUUUCUGGCCCGGAGGAGGAGAGAUUGGAACUGAGAUUUUAUCCGUUUAAUGUGCCAUUCCCUUUGCCAUCACUUCAUCUCUUUGUGCUCUUUUGUCUUUCACUGAGAUCCAGCACUUUCUUUUUUUUUUCUAAUUUUCUGCACUUAUAUAAAAAAUUGUUUCAUGUUUUCAAGGGUCUUGCCGCCAGUUCAGCUGUAGCUUUGCUUCCUUUUUGAAUGCAUGCAUACAGUUUUAUCUGAUUUUGGUUUUAAUUUUGCUUACAAUGCAUUAAUGCUAACAUAUCAGUCAGUGAAGGCAAUGUAUUGUUGUCUUGCAUUCUUUCACUCAUGGUUGUAUAGGUUUGAAAUCAGAUUCAUGUGUGGAAAAACUCCUUUCUGAGCAUAAAAAUAGUGGUUUUCUCUAUAAAUGAUCUUGCAUGUGUUAUUUUAGUGCUUCAGGGUGGCAAUCCAAAACAUUAAAUACUGAAUGAUGAGACUUUUUUUUUCUGCAAAAGCAUUAAAACUACCUGCUGAACCUUCUGUAGAUGCUGAUUUCAUGUUUGAUUUCCAGCAUUUGCCAAGGUUCUCCAGCAGAAAAUUGCUUUACCUGAUACCUUAUUAUUUAUAUAUUAACCUGUAUCUGUCACCAGUUUAGUAAUGUGGCUGAACAUUUUAAAACGGAGACAUUUUUUAAAUGUUACCUGAUGUCAAGCUGUAUUAACACUUUUUUUUAUAUGUUUGUAUGUCGUAACACACUGCCAUAUUUCUGAAGUACAAUUUUGUACACUUGUAAUAUUCAUGGUUCAAUAAAUUCUGAACAUAA